GCUAAGCAUAGCCUGUUAUAUUAGGUUUAAAGUAAAAGUCGUUUUUAGAUCAGUCAAGUCUCAUAUGAAAUGUCAAUAACAAAUCGUAAAAGCUCAAAGUGAUGAAAAAAACUUAACAUUUUGAAUUCAAAUACAGAUAAUUGUGUUAAGCUGUAACAUAAUCUGCUUUAACAUUUCCACCUGAAUACAUGUGAGAUUCCUCUCAGCUCUGUAAAUGAUCCCUCUCCCUGUUUAAUGUUGUUCCACGUGAUUUCCUCGGUGCAGAUCCCUACAGACUUUAAAAGCCUCAUCCAGAGGUUUUAUCUUCUUCAGUCCGAGCGAGUCGAGACAUAUCGGCUCUUUGAAGAAGGACAUGAGGCCUACUUGAGGACUGGGCCUCACUACGACUUCGACCACUACAGGCAGCUGGUCCACGAGAUAACGCAGGCGUUCUGUGGCAUCUCCACGGAAGUGCUGGAGAUCAAGGGCAAGCUGCACCAUGACUUGGACCGGGCAGACCUCUCUGAGCACAUCGACAAGCUGCAGAGCAAAGAGAAGCAGAGACUGGAACUGACGGCCAAGCUGCAGCUGGCCAGGCAGCGGGCCCAGGAUCACCCGGAGGACGAGGGCUGUCAAGACAAGAUUCAGGAGAUCAAGCACGAAAUCAUCAAGAACCAAGAGGCUCUGAGUGAGAUCAUGCAGGACUUGAAGUAUGACUCAGAGUGUGAUUGACAGGUGACCCCCCCAUGGGGCCGGCUGCCGCCCUCACAUCACCACACAGCGACGGGUCAAUGCGGCCCUGCUGCAAUUUCCAUCUUGUUCUCCUCAGCUGCAAUUAUCGACCCCCCCCUCUGGCUCCACCCUGCUCUCUGCUGCAGUCUUAUUCCAGUGUGUUUAGUGUGUGUGUGUGUGUGUGUGUGUGU